GAUAUUCUUAUCAGAAAAAGGAUGUCCUUGUUGCUCAGCCAAACAUCCCUUUAAGCUACUCCAUUCAAGGAGCUGAAGUGAUGCCUUUGCACACCAUUAUAAUCCCAGGGCUUAGUUUCCAUGGAGAAAGGUGACCGUAGAGGCAUCCAUUGGUACUUUAGACACAUUUGCCGAUGUUCCCCAAGACAUAAUGAAUGGGCGAGGGAAGAAAAAACUGACAAUCUCUACUGCUCAUGUGGACCUGCUAAACCACAUCUUGAAGCAUGCCACGUAUACUAGUACAGAGUACUUACUUGAUGCAGUGGACUUUGUGAACUUUACAACGGGGGAUCACCAUGUUAGGUUUCCUGUGACUAUCCAGCAGCCAUACAUGCCAAAGCUGUUUGAUCCAAGGCCAAAUAACAAUGUCUCUAAUUUAGUGACCAUCACAACUAAGACUUUCUUCUGUUAUCACAAACUGCGGAUUCUGAUCAAUAGCAUCAGGAAAUUUUAUCCAGAUACAACUAUCAUUGUGGCAGAUGACAGUGAACAUCCCAAGAAGAUUGAAGAACCUAAUGUUGAACAUUUUAUCAUGCCAUUUGCAAAGGGUUGGUUUGCAGGAAGAAAUCUUGCCAUCUCUCAGGUCACAACAAAAUACUACAUUUGGGUGGAUGAUGACUUCCUGUUCACAGAAAAAAACAAGAUUGAGGAAUUUGUUGCUGUGUUGGAGAACACCAACUUGGAUGUGGUUGGUGGUUCUGUUCAAGGAAAUGAUUACAGUUCCCAGUCAUUUAUGAGGAAGGAGAAGACAGCAGCUGUGUACACCUCAGAUUUGGCUCUUUUCACACCUUAGAAGGCUUUUCUCAUUGCGUGGUCGCCAGUGGCGUGGUCAACUUCUUCCUUGCUCGUACAGAGGAGAGCAGAUGCAUUGGGUUUGAUCCAAAGCUGCUGAGGGUGGCUCAUUCAGAAUAUUUUGUAGAUGGACUAGAGCAUUUAC